AUGAGAUAAAGACCUUUAUUUCUAAAUGUUGACUUAUCUUUUCAACCAAAUAAAACAAUAAAUAAAUCUCCGGUAUAAAGGACGAAAACUUCACUUAAAGAAACUUAGAAAUCGUAAACUAGAUUUCAUUCUCCUAUAGAUACUCAGCUUACUCGUUAAAUUUCGACAAAUAUCAACGUAUAUACAUAAUAUAAUUUUUUGGCAAUAGAAACUAGUGUGGAGCAACAGGCAGAUCUUUAACCUCAACAAAUGCUGAAUAAGAAAUUCUAAUUAAAUAAACUUUUGAUUUCAAAAUGA